AGUCACAUCAGUGGAGAGUCACAGAGUGACAAGAGUUGAGCAGCUUCAGUUUGUCUUGACAAAAUGGAAGAGACGGCCAAAAGUUUCGUGAGAACUUUAAUUGUGUUAUGUUCAUUAAGUACAGUAUGGGGUAUAUGGGUGGUUCCUGGCCAAUGUCCUACAGAUCGACCCAUUCAGAAGAACUUCAACAUCACCAAGUAUGCCGGACUCUGGUAUGAAUAUCUCAGGCCAGAUGACAAUUACGCUUUCUUGGGGGACUGCAAUACAGUUUUGUACACUGCACACCCCAAUGGUUCCAUAGGAAUUCGGACAUUCAGGCAGUUUCCUGAGAAUUUGGGCUAUGAAGUGGAUGAGACAUUUGCGGUAUUUACUGAGCCAGAGCAAUAUCCCCUCGAGGGAAGGUGGAACAUUUCGUACAGAUGGAAUGAUCCAUUCUUUGCCAAUCACUGGAUUUUGGAGACUGACUAUGAGAAUUAUUCUGUGACUUAUUACUGUCGCGCAGCAAGUCCAAGUACUGCCUUUGAUGACUUCUUCAUCUACACUAGGAAGCCCACUCCGGAUGCAGAAUCAAGAGCCAGAAUCGAUAAACUCCUCCACAGAUACUACAAAACCGAAUAUCUCUUUAAGCAAAAGCAAGGCGGAGAGUGUAACUAUACCCCGGAUAGCAGCCAAACAGACUCACCUCAAGGUGAUUAAAAUUGUGUCAAUUUAUGUCAUCCAUACUUAAAAUUCAAUGAUCAUACUAUUCUGCAUUACUAUUGCUACAAUCAAAGGAAUUAUGUAUGUAAAUAUCUUAUGAAUUGCAAAUGUGCUUUACAAGGGAAUCACAUCAAAAUCAAUAGAUUGCCAUCUCUCAGAAUUUCGUCUGGGUACAGUGCGCUACUCUAUGUAGUCCCCAGCAUAUAUGCGAUAAGAGAAUUUUCAGGAAGACUCUAAUCUAUUCUGAAUGUACAAUAAAUUGAUAGAAAUUAUUCAA